AUGUUUGGGUUAGCCUACAUGAAAAUAUUCGCUGAUGCCUUGGUGUAUGCAGCACCUAGCAAGACGAUCGAGAUUACAUUUCUACGAAAGACCAACUAUGAAUGGAUUCAAAUGGUCGAACACGACUCGCACUUGAAGGCCAGAGUGCCCCCAUUGCAGUCGACGCGGUGUGCCAUGGCGUACUUGACCGGUGUGAUGCAGCACCUGUCCGUGCCCAAUUCCUUUAUGGACUGGGUGAUUGAGAAAACGCCUCGGAAAUGGCUACUGGGAGCGGUGAGCUUCGCGUCUUCCUCAAAAUUCAAGCGGUUCAUGGUUCAAGGAGCGCUGCCGUACCCGCGGUUGACCUUGCUUCCGAAGCGAGAGUUGAUAGCCGAGCUAGUGUACAAAGGAGGUGCCUCGCUUGUCAUGGGAGAGGUAACUGUAGUAGAAGAAGCAACGGUAGUACAAGAAAUCUCGGUGGUAGAUGCCACCUUAGCGGUAGAGAGAGCUUUAGCAAAGAAAGAAAGCUUAAUUGGAAAAGACCUUUCAGCUAUUGGGGGAGUCUCAACGGAUGGUGAAAUUUCGCUGACGAUUCGGCCGCCGGCGGUGGACGUUAAGCUCGGCUCUUGA